GAGACAGAGACACACAGACAGAAACAGAGACAGAGAGAGCGAUAGAGAAAGAGAUUCGGGGAUAAUUCAGUGGUUUGUCCUCGCGCAGCACCCACGGAUCUAAAGAUGUGGAGAGAAUUCGGGAAGCUUGUGCUGUUACAUUUGCUACUCAUGGAGCUCCACUGCGCUAAAGGAACUCAUACGGAGUCGGAGUGUGAAGCUGGACAGUUCCAGUGCAACAACGGUCGGUGCAUCCCAACCCUGUGGAGAUGCGACGACGACGACGACUGCUCGGACAGCAGCGACGAGGAGAACUGUCCAAAGAAGACAUGUGCGACCACGGACUUUGCCUGUAAGAAUGGACAGUGUGUUCCCGCUAGGUGGCGCUGCGAUGGAGAGCCGGAGUGCGCAGACGGCUCGGACGAGGCUGAUGCAAUCUGCAGCCGACAGACCUGUCUGCCAGAGAAGUUUGAUUGCGGAGGGGCUGUCAGCAAAUGUGUUUCGUUGUCAUGGCGAUGCGAUGGAGAGAGGGACUGUGAAAACGGUGCAGAUGAGGAGCAGUGUGCUGCAGAUUCCAAGGCCUGCCCCCCCAAAUAUUUCCAGUGCCGUAACGGCAAGUGUCUGGCACCCAUCUUUGUGUGCGAUGGCGACGAUGACUGUGGGGACAGCAGCGAUGAGGAGAAGUGCUCUACUCCCACCUGUGGUCAGCAUGAGUUCCGUUGCAACAACUCGGAGUGCAUCCCCGCCCUGUGGAGCUGUGACGGCGACCCGGACUGCAAGGACAAGUCGGAUGAAUCCAUGGAGCGCUGCAGCAGAAGGACGGAGCCCCAGAAACCUCGCUGCCCACAGGGCGAGUUCCAGUGUGGGAGUGGCGAGUGUGUCCACAUGAACUGGAAGUGUGAUGGAGAUGCAGACUGCAAGGAUAAAUCCGAUGAAGCAAACUGUCCCCUACUUACAUGUCGGCCUGAUGAGUUCCAGUGUGGUGAUGGCUCCUGUAUCCAUGGCACCAAACAGUGUAAUAAAGUUCAUGACUGUCCGGACUACAGUGAUGAAGCUGGCUGUGUUAACGUCACCAAGUGUGACGGGCCAAGAAAGUUCCGCUGUAAGAAUGGGGAGUGUAUCGACAGCAGCAAGGUGUGUGAUAAUGUGAAGGACUGCAAGGACUGGUCUGAUGAACCCAUGAAGGAGUGUGGCAUGAACGAGUGCACAGACAACAACGGCGGCUGCUCCCACAUCUGCAGGGACCGAAGAAUUGGUUACGAGUGUGACUGUCCUUCCGGCUACAAACUCCUGGACAAAAAGACUUGUGGAGAUAUCGAUGAAUGUGAAAACCCAGACGCGUGCAGUCAGAUCUGCAUCAACUACAAAGGCGAUUACAAGUGCGAGUGCUACGAAGGCUACGAGAUGGACCCCGCUACGAAGACCUGCAAGGCUGUGGGAAAAAGUCCAUACCUGAUGUUCACAAACCGCCACGAGAUCUGUCGCAUAGACCUGCUGAAGAGUGCCUACACGCAAGUGGUUCCCACACUAAAAAAUGCUGUGGCCCUGGAUGUAGACGUUUCCAUCAACAAGAUGUUUUGGUGUGAUUUAUAUCAUCGUAAAAUAUACAGUGCUUACAUCAACAAGGCCAGUGACGCAUCGCAGCAGGUGACGCUCAUCGACUCUCUCGACUCCCCCGAGGGCCUCGCAGUCGACUGGGUCCAUAAGAACAUCUACUGGACCGACUCUGGCAACAAGAGCAUCUCAGUUGCCACGGGAGACGGCAUGAAGAGGAAAGUGCUGAUAGCCACUGAGCUGAGUGAGCCACGGGCCAUCGCAGUGGAUCCACACCAAGGGUUUAUGUACUGGUCAGACUGGGGAGGUCAAGCCAAAAUUGAGAAGGCUGGGAUGAAUGGAGUGGACCGUCAAGUUCUGGUGUCUGAACACAUCGAGUGGCCCAAUGGAAUCACCCUGGACUUGUCCAACAGGCGUCUGUACUGGGUGGACUCCAAGCUGCACCUGCUGUCCAGUGUGGAUCUGAAUGGAGACAACCGCCGAGUGCUGCUGUCCUCCCAUCAUCACCUGGGACACCCGUUUGCCCUCACUGUGUUUGAGGAUCACAUAUAUUGGACAGACUUGGAGGACGAAGCCAUAUACAGUGUCAACCGACUGACGGGACACGAUGUCUCAAAGGUGGCGGAGCACCUCAACAACCCGCUGGACCUCAUCGUGUUUCACGAGCAGAGGCAGCCGAAGGCCCCAGACACGUGUAAUAUGGGGAGUCUGCCCAACGGUGGCUGUGAGUAUCUCUGUCUGAAGGCCCCUCAGAUCACAGACCACUCCCCCAAGUACACGUGUGCCUGUCCUGAUGGCAUGGAACUAGGACCAGACAUGAGACGCUGUGCUAUAGUUCGAGCCAGAGCAACCACAACAGCUGCUCCGACAACCACAACUCCCACCACAACCACCACCAGCACAACAACUACCACAACGGUAACCACCACCACCACCACACCUCCCCCUACCACCGGCACCGCCACCACUGUGACGAGCACCACCGGCACCUCUGCAGCGACCACAGUCAGACCCGCAACCAGACGCCCGAUGACAACGGCCUCUCCUCAGAUCCCCAGAAGAACGACCACUCCGCACACUCGCACCUCCGCCGCCACGGGAAGAGAGGCGACCAGACUCAGCAGCACAAUUCAGACGUCGACCACCACCCACACGCCUCUGCUCAGCCCAGUGGCCCCAAACAGCAUUCAGAGAGAGAGCAAUGGCAACCUCUCCCACAGAGCUUCAAGUGAUCACUAUCUGAUAGGCAACAACAUCACGGUAGCUGUUCUGGGGAUAGUCAUUCCUAUUGUCCCUAUCCUUGCCACAGUGGUCAUCGGAUUACUCUGCACCGGCGGUUACCUGGUGUGGCGCAACUGGCGGCGCAAGAACACCAAAAGCAUGAAUUUCGACAACCCCGUCUACCGCAAGACCACGGAGGACGACGACGACGAGAUCCACAUCGGCCGACACAGCGACUCCAUCGGCCACAUCUACCCUGCACGUGUGGCUCUCAGUCUGGAGGAUGAUGGUUAUCCCUGAGGGGUGGGAUGCAGGCCUGCCCUCCCCCAGUCCCCAUCCAGGCCCCUCCUCUCACCGCAGCAGUGAGGCCAGUGCAACGCAGAGGAGAAAGAGAAGGAGCAGGGGUGACAUGUACACAUCAUACUUCUUCCACUGGAUUAAUAUCACUACCACGACUAGCAACUCUACUCACUUCCUUCAGUGCUAGUUGUUAGUGCUAGUAACCUCUGCUCCUCUCCUCUCCUCUCGUCUCUCUGCCUCUUGUUAGUAGUAGUGGUUUAUGAAAUGCUGCUUAAUGAUUUCAUCCGAACUAACCUUAUUUCACUGUCUCAGUGCACGUUGUAAAUUUAGGGCUGUUUGGCCACUGUACAAGGGGGGAAAAGCCAGCUUGCGUUACCUUUCAUUUCUCAGACUGGUUAUUUAUUUGUAUGUUUUUGCUGUUGUAAAUAUGCACUCGGCGUCUGUGAGAGCUGAUUUGUUCACGUCUGCAGGAACUCAUGGUGAUAGUGCAAUGGAGUUAUUUUCCCGCAGUUCCCUGCGUCGACAAGACACACAUGUCGUCCUUUUUCACACUCACAGUCUUUCACAUCUGCUCCGCAACAUAACUUUGUUUGUGGAGGGUAUAAAUGUAGCCAAGGGCGGAGAGGGGACAAACAAAUGAUGGGUGUUGUCUCCAUAUGUGGAGGUGAAUUUGGGGUGGAAAGAGUGAGGCAGGACGCAGUAAUGGGAGGAUUUGUGCCAGUGGAGGACAGUGCCUCGAGGCAACAAGCAUCUGGGCAGAGAAGGCAAAGGAUUGUGGGUAAUCCUCUUCCACGAUACAAGGUAUCGACGAAUACAGUUGAUACAGAACUUGAAUUUGAUCAUUUGUGCAGAGUUACUUGUUUUGUUUGUGUUUGCUACCGUCAGUUUCACAUGGCGAUGCACGUUUUUCCUUUUUGAGCCACAAUAUGAAUUGUAAUAUAAAUGAAGACGAUUAAAAAAACAAAUAUUAAUGAACAGGAGAAGGGAACAUCUGCUGGUUCCUAAGAUAUAUCCUCACACAGGAAAAGGUGAAAACACUGCAUUGUAUAAAGCUAUUUACAUUUUACCAAUAGACUUUUCUCUUUAACAUCGUCAUCCUUUUCAUUUUCCUAUCACUUGACCUUAGUUUUAGACGAUGAAUGCGUUUUAAAAUAUCAGCCUGGGUUUCAGUGGAUUCACACCACUGGCUUUGGUGAUUCAGAGCCUGAUAACUGCCACGUCUUUUUUUAUUAUUAUUAACUUAGCUGUGUGUUUUCUGGAUGAGUCAGUGUUGAAAGAAAAGCCCACAUUUUAGAAGAAAUCACUUCCCCGCUGUCACUGACUGCUGAACGCAGUCGUGUGAGUGCCGUGCUCUUUUUGGACGAACAGACGACAAAUUUGCAGAGGCUGAUUAAGCCCGGCCUUGAUUUGAUGUGAAAGCUGCGUGGAGAUGAGACGUGUGAACCGGCAUUAAGGACUGAUCUCUCCACUGAAUCACCACAGACAAGCUUCCAGCCCAUUGAACCAGACGUAAUAAUGCGCCCGCUCGCUGAAUAUUGCAAUAAUUGCUCAUAAUGUGUUGUAGUAGUGAAUUACCAGACGCUGCUAUAUCAUGGCCAUUUUACAAUUGUUGUCUCAAUUGGGGGCAUUUUGAUUAUGUCAAGAACACUUAUAAUAUUAUUAUCAUUAUUAUUAUUAUUAUUAUUAUUAUUAUGAUUAAUUACAAACCUCACUUGUCUUCCAUUCUUAGUAUAAGAAAUCUGACUAAUGUUAAUGGAAUACUUCACCGAUUUGCAUUUAGCUUUGCAUUACUAGAAUAGGGCU